ACACACAAACAGACGGCCAGUCGUGACAAAUGGUUGGACUCAUACGACUACAUAGUGAUCGGCUCGGGCUCUGCCGGCGCACCCGUAGCCCACCGGCUGACCGAAGACACGGCUGUGACUGUACUACUGCUGGAGGACGGGGGACCGCAAUCGGUCAUUACAGACAUACCUGAAAACUACAUACAAAACCUGAACACUGAGUACGACUGGGGCUACAAAAACAUCCCGCAGACAGCGCAGGGAGGGAUUGGUGUGGCGUUCACUGGACAACAAAUACCACAAAAUCGGGGUAAAGUUUUGGGCGGUUCGUCCACAUUGAACGCCAUUAUCUACAAUCGGGGUAAUAGUCGUGACUACGAUCACUGGGCCCGCGAGUACGGGGCCCGGGGCUGGGCCUACCAGGAUGUGUUGCCAUAUUUCAUGAGAUUUGAAAACAACACCGAUCCUAAACUCGUGGCCGAACACCCGGGUUAUCAUAGCGUGGACGGGCCCGUACAGGUGCGCUCGUGGGACCGCCCGGAGCCCAUCAUGCGGUACCACCAGAAAGCCCUACAUGAACUAGGUCACAAAAAUACCAACAUUAACGGCCCCCAACAGGUGGGCACAUGUCUUAUGCAGACGUUUCAACGCAUGGAUGGCAUGCGCUCGAGCACUGCCAACAGCUAUCUGGACCCUAACCCCCACCACCGGAAUCUACAUAUACUGACCCGAGCUCUGGCUACUAAAAUACUGUUGAGUGCCGUACGGGGACUGUCGGCCGAUGCCGUGGAGUUUUAUCGAGAUGGUAAAUCACAUGUGGUUAAGGCUAAACGGGAGGUGAUUGUUAGCGCCGGUGCUAUAAAUACCCCACAACUGCUAAUGCUGUCGGGCAUCGGACCCAAAGCGCAUCUGAAGUCAAUGAAAAUACCGGUGAAAGUGGACCUACCAGUGGGUGAGUACCUCAAAGACCACCCGUCCAUCAGUUUGCCAACACUGGUCAGAGAUGCGGGUGCUGUCCAUCCGGCGGGUGAGCUAACGGUACGCCAACUGCACGACUACUUCACCAACGCUUCGGGACCGUUGACUGAGUUCUUCCAUUCCAUCACUUAUUUGAGCACUAAAUCUAAUGCCGACAAAGACUACCCGAAUGUGGCCUUUGAGACCGUGGGUGAGAACAUAGGC